UUUAAGUUUUGCUCUUUCAUGCCGUCGUACUUUCACAACGAUCACCUUAAAGCAUAAUUUUAAAACAUCAGGACUGACUGCGAUCACACCACCCAGCUUGUUUGACUCAGCUCGGUGAUGAUGAAGGCUGCACUUGUCACGUUCAGCUCUCUGUGUUACUUUGUCGGACUGUUGGCUGAAACCGGAAAGCCUCGAGCCAUUUGCCCGAAUCCCACAAUUGAGGCAGUGGAAGGUGAUACAGUCACUCUACAAUGUUAUUUGAAUCCCCCGCACAACGUGGUGGAUUACGCUCUUGAUUGGACAAGAGAUGACCUCAACAAAGGGGUGUACUCUUAUCGAGGCAAGCAGGAAAAUCCAAAUGACUGGAUGGAUCAAUACAAAGGCAGGUCGACUCUCCACCUUGAAGACCUGAGCAGAGGCAUCCUGACUCUGCAGAUCUCCUCAGUACAGCUGGCUGACAGCGGACCGUACAAGUGUUUUAUCUCAAGACUGUUGACCAGCUGUGUUGUUAAUGUCACUGUUGUCCACCAGAGCAAAAAGAACACAACUAGACCUCCACCAGAUGAGCUGGACAAACCUGAUGGUGAAAACGGGAAGCUUGUUGCCAUCAUCACCUCCACUGUUGUCGUCGUCCUUGUCUUCAUUGUCGUUGGGGUUCUUGUGAGACGGGGAACGAUCCAGAAACUGAUGACGAGGUUCAGAGGAAGGAGGGAGCAAAAUGCAGAGCUAACAAACUGCUGUGGGCUGAACCCUCUGAGGACUUCAUCAGCAAACAACAACCCCGAUGCAGAAAACAACAUGCAAGUAGUUUAGUGAUGGUCCGGACUUAGUCUGUCUGUCUAAAGUGAGCACUGCAGGGCUCCGGACUAACCUUUCCAUUGGUGCUACCAACUUUCUCAGUUUGUCACACCACAUGAUUUGGUCACACCCUUUUUUUUUUUUUUGUUACAGUAGGUAACAGCUGAUAAGAAGCGGGGAGGGGCUCUGUGUUUCAGGUGAUAUAUCGGCCCCUGCAAGUUUUGUGUUUCUUACAGUUGUUGUGCAAGCUAAAACUGUGUUGACACGGUAACAACAAUGUGGCAGAUUGCCUUCAAUAUAAACGCAGCCGAUCAUACCUCAACCAAAUCUGGCUAAAUCUACAUCUGUUCCCUGCAGAGGCUCUAGCCACAACCUGAAGGAGGAGCUAGUAAAAAUGACUUUUCAUAUUUCAUAACAUGAAGUAAAAGUAGUAGUAUAAUAAUAAUAAUAAUACAUUGUUAUUAUUAUAAGUUAUUUAUUAUAAUAAUUAUAUAAUGUGACUAUUUUUUAAUUAUAAUGUCACUUUAGUAUACUUUAUAUCUUACCACGUGUAGCAUCUAACAUUAAUUCCAGUUUCUUUUUUUCAUUCCUUAAAUGAUUGUGCAAGAAAAAUGCUUUAGCUUACGUGAUGGUUGAGUUAGACUCUAAUUUAUUCAUGCUGUGAUUGGUUGGUUGUCGAAAAGUGACAUUGACGAGCUCAUUGACUUCAUGAAAGUUGUUUCAAGAAAAUUCACCUCAUGCUGCUAAAUAGCCAACUAACCAAACAUAAACCUUCCUCAUCUUCUCCUUGCUGCCUUCUGUCUCACCGCUUCACCUGCCAACGCAUCUCUACCCCAUUAGGAUUUCUCUUGGUGCCGGUGGCAGCCGGUCAGACAAUGUUGUAAACGGUUAGCGGGGGGUACGGUAGGUUGCGGUUUUUACUUGCACAUAAGGGGCAUUUUGUGAGUGAAAUGGUGGAGCUGCUAAAGAUCACCUUACACUCGCACGAAUGAGACCACAUGAAAUUUUAACUCACACACUCCUAAUUGUUACUUUGCGCUAACGCAAAUGGUGCUCAUCCCUUCUGCUCUCCCUGGGCCCCCGUCCGGUUUAUAUAUUCCCGUGAUCUGUUCUGGACCUGCUCAGUUCGGCCUCUCACCCUCUCUGGACUCUCGGCUAUGGUUCCCUUCUGCUCUGCACUGCAGCCACCAACCUGGUUCUGCUGCAUCUAGUCUUCCGGUCUCCUCCCUCUCUUAGUCCUGCACUUGAGACUACUGGCCUAGCCGCCAGAAAAGUUAAACACAACCUUUUGGUAAUAACGUGCUGUUAUUAUAUAGCCUACAUGUAAAUAAAGGAACGAAG